GCACCCUCUGCUUCGCUGACUGCCCAUAUCAGCUGGGCGAAGGCCACGAGACUUCCAGUUUAACCCCAGCCCUGCGCCGUGAGAGUGCUGGAUUUAGGGACCUGGAGCUCUGAACUUGCUGGCCUUUCAACUGCUCUUCACACAUGACUUUCUCCUUUGUGCGUUUGCAUGGAAAGACAGGUGGUGCAGUGGAUGGAGCCCCAGGCGUGGAGUCAGGAAGACCCAUCUUCAACUUCUGUGGUGAUGUCUAUUCGGGAGGCUGAUUUAUCACCAGUUAUUCCUGUCAUACAAACCAAUCCCUUAGCAUGGAAAAUGAGACAAGAAAGGGACUUCAUGCCUUUAAACCAGAGUUAUGAGGAAGAAUUGGAAUUUGUUGAAUACAACGAGGGCGAUGUUCUUCGUCAAGCACUAGAGCACAUCAGGAAUGUACAGAAAAAAGGAGCUGUCCUGGAGAGAAACUUGCAUAUUGUGGAAGAUAUCGCUUGGAGGUCUGGGUUAGCACCCAAACACAUUGACACGCUGUUAAAUGUGGCACUGAGUGGCCCGUUUGGUGAAGCAGUAAAAAUUCGGAUGUUGAAGUGCCUCAUUCCAGCAACUCUGAUACCUGAAAGUGCUGUGGUUAGAGGUUUCUCCAAGCUUUGUGCUAGCCAUUUUUCUACUAACGUAAAGGUAAUCUUUUUUCGAUGGUUGAUUGCAAUGUUUGACUUCAUUGAUCAUAAGGAGGAAAUGAACUCUCUCUAUGGCUUCUUUUUUUCCUUUCUGCAAGAGGAAGCUAUGGCUUCUUAUGUCUGUAACUUACUGUAUCUGCUGACCAAGAAGGAGAACGUCAAACCCUUUCGUGUGAGGAAAUUGCUUGAACUCCAGUCCAGGGUGGGGAUGCAGCCUUAUCUCCAGGUCUUGCUGUCAUUGUAUAAAUCCUAUUGCCCCAACUUGAUUACCAUUUCUUUGCCACCAAAAAGGAAGUUCUACUUUAAGAGUACAGAUAGCAUCUGGCAGGCAGCUGUCUAUAUUGUGAAACAAAGAAAUGGGUUUUGCCCAUUACCAUCUGUGACACCAACUAUUGAUGCAGCUGAUAGCCACCUUCAACAAAAGAAAUGGAAUUCUGGCGGCUUCAUACCAAAGCCCACCUCCAGUCACAUCUUCAAGGAAGAGCAGGAUGAGGAAAAUGACUUAGCUAGCAUGGAAGUGAUGUUUAGUGGUCAGAAAUCCUUUCCCUUAGAGAAGCUCCAUACAUUCUCCCAGCUCUUGGAGAACAUCCAGAACAUUGAGCUUCCAUCCCAGAUGUGCUCAGUGCUCAACAGCGUUCCAUUACUACACUAUCUGAACUGUGUCCAAGAUGAGACCAUCUGGCUGAGGCUUUAUUACUGGAUGGGUCAAGAGUUAAAAGAAGGAUGUCCUUGGUUCAAGGGCAAUAACUACUCAUCUAAAGAAGAGUUCAAGAAGUUUCUGGACGUAAUCAUCAGCGCACAGUGUUUCUUACAGGAGGGCUUUCCUUCCAGCGAGGUGUUCCUGUAUAAGUGUCUUCCUCUAUGGGAUGGCAUCUCUUGUCGAACAGAAUACCUGCAGCUUCUCAGCUGGAUUCCCCUGAUUAAUUUCUCUGAAAUCAAGCCAUUUCUCUGUGACUCCUUGACACAACUCUUCUUUACAUCCUCCAUGUAUUCUAAGUGCAGUGUUCUGUAUAACCUGAAACAGCUGCUGAAGAACUGGCUGUUGUGGCAUGCUACAGAGGUCAGCACAAAUUCCACUAUGAGCACUUCUCUGGACACUACCAUGAUUGCCCUGGACUCUAUGAGUGAGCUGAUCAACUACGUGGGAUGGCUAUCCACGAUGGCUCUGCGCUUAGAGAAUAACAGUACUUUGUUGCUCCAUUUUAUUUUGGAUUUCUUUGAGAUAGUGUCUGACAUGUAUCUCAAUUAUAGCAUUCCAUUAGUGGUGAUAUUUCCUCGUGGGGUCUUCUAUCCAGCACUUCUCACCUCAGACACCAUCACCCUCAACCACCUCUGUUAUAUUAUGUACAGAUAUCGUGUCAACUUGACUGCUGCCAAGGAAAACGAACUGAUUCGCCAGGAAAGGCUGAAGUUCAACAAAACCUACCAAGAAUUUAAUGAGUAUGUGACUUCCUUGGUGGACUGCCUCUGGACAUCUACAUCCUUUGAAAAAGGCCACUAUCUCUACAUAGAUCCUGAGAUCCUAGAAAAAACUAAAAUACGGGAAUAUAAGAAGAGUUUAAAUCUAAUUAAUCAUCCAGCCUUACUGGCCUAUUCCGUCUACUUUCUGCUUCAGGGAUGGCCAACAGAAAAGGAACUUUCUUUGUCUGCCAUUCAGAAAAAGAAAUGGAACUGGUAUUUGGACUAUCUCCUUUUGGAGGAGCUGCAUGGCCUUCACCUUUUCAUGCAGAGCAGCCUCAACAUUGCUGACGGUGCCUCAUCAGCCAGCAGACAGCCUGCCUACAAGAGACCGAGGAUUUGCACCUCAGAGCCAGUUUGAGCCUAGGACAAAUGAAGCUUACCACACGGCUGGCCUUCCUUGGUGGCAAAACAUUGCCAUGCCUAAACUUGAUCUUCUCUCAUUGGGUUUCCAACAGAAUCAACAAGAAUAGGAAGGGAGUGCUGGAAGGAGCCCUCAGUGACCAAGGAGAGAUUUGUUUACAUGGCUUGUUGGGUUUUUUUAAUCAGGAGUUGAUUUCUUCACUUCCUUAGUGAAAAUAUUUUAAUGAAUAGUGGGCUUUUAAUUCAGCUCAUCUCUCUCUUCUCCUCUCUCCCUCUACCCUCUUCCCUUCAUCUCUCCUCUUUCCCCUUUUGUUUCCAGGGAUUAUGAUGGUCAAAAUGUUUUGUUUCUUUUUUCCAUUUGCCUCCCAUCAAAUCAUGUGUCAAGAUUUCUGUUGCAUGGUGGACUUUUAAAGAUAUUUUUGUAUAGUGCAUUAUAAGAUGUGAUUCUGAAGGAGAGCUUGGUACACAUAAUGGGAAGCAUCAUUGAAUCAGCUAAUAUUGACACACAACACUCAGCCACCAUCCCUAAUAUGAGGCUCCAGUGUACCACUGAGUCCAAAGUGGGGAGACCACAUGGAUAAACUGUUCAAGAUUAUCCAUCAAGAGCUUCUUGCUUUCAGCAGUCUGAUUUCCUAGAGGUCACCGAGACCUAGCAUGCUGUGUGCAAUGCCAGGCUUUAAUUACAGAGGAAGUUAGACUAGCCAUCUUUCUUUUCAGGAUGAUUCUCUUGAAGGUUUUCUUUUUUUUUCCACAUUGAUCUGUUCAGAAUAGCCAGUGUUAUGCCAAAAGAACACUUCCCAUCAAAUUUUGCUUCAGUGCUGCUGAGUGUUGCUCCCCUUUUACUGCCUUUCAAGUCUCAGAAAAAGAUAGCUCAAGCUUGUUUUUUUGUGCCUUUUUGAGGUAUGUGGUCCCUUCAUAUCUUAAAAAAGAAAAGGUUUUCUUAAGUCAUUUUCAAAUACUUUGUGUAUAAGAGAGGUAUGAUAGCUCUGGCUCCAGUACAGAAUCUUUCUACUUGUUUUCUACUUUAAGCCCCAUUUUUUAAACAGAAUUCACUAGCUUUUCAGAGCCUGGCCCCUCCCUCCACUUAGGGAUCGCCACGCCAGCCCCUCAUUUGUAAGAAGGGUGAUUUAUCAGCAUAUUCCAGUGGACAUUACUUUCAAGCUUAGCUGCCUGCAGGCCAUUCAAGAGAAAGGUCUCUUCUCCAAAAUGAGUACUUGAGGACAACUUUUCUUCUAGGGGUCAGCUUUGUGCUGACUAGACCAUUCUCUGGGCACUGAGUUCUCUGCCCAUCGCCCCCUUGACCAGAGAGAGAUUUGGAGAUCUUAUAGGAAAGUCUGGGUGAAGACUAAUGCCUUGACAGAACAGAUUGGGCUGUGCAGACGAGCCCCAUCUGGUCACAAAUACCCUUAUUGAAAAACUUCCCUUCAAAGAAGGCAAGGUUCAAGUAAGAGUGAUGUUUGGAAUUGGCUAGACCAAGAUUGAGGGAGUGUUUAGGUGAAUAGCAUGCCUGAACAUUACAUUACAUUAGCAGAUGACAAAGCAAGAACAUCACAAAAAGUGAUCACAGACUUGAGGCCCCCAGGUUUGCUUCUGAGUGUUUUUGCCCUAAUGUGCCGUGAAGAACAAAAGAUGAAUGUGCAGAUAGAUGCCUGACACCUUUUCAAAGUGCUUGAAGAAGUGCUCUUAGAACUGUGCUGAGGGAAUAGAGCUGGGAAUUGGAUGAAAUGACAACAGCUGACAAGAUAAAGAGUGAUAGAAAAAAGGAAGCACUCCAUACCAUCUUAAAAAAUAGCAAAAGGCAGGCUUCUGUGCCUGCAGAAAUCCUUGUUUUGCUUCUAAACAGAACAAGACUUUUCUCCCAGCUUAACAACUUCCAAACCUUGACAGAUUUGUUGAUGCCGUGGCAAAAACAACGCCCUUGGUGGGAUGAGGCAAAGUAACUGUACAAUGGUAAUAAGACAGCAAAGUUGAAGCCGAAGUGCUUGAAGAGGGGCAACUGAAGCUUCUGAGAAAGUGGUAGAGGAAAAAGAAGGAGGAUAAAGAUGAUGGCAAGUAAAACUCCUAUGUGAUAUCUGUGUAGAGAUGGAGCAGGGGUCACUCUGCAAACAGAGCACUUCCUCUUUGAGAUAAUCUCCAGAUGCCUUCGUUAUUAAGUAUAAAAUUGGAUUAUUGCUAACACAGUGUGUUUAAAUGUGUUUUUAAAAUUGUAACUGAUUCCUAUGAAGGAAAUAUCCAGAAACUGCCUAACUAUAUUUAUUUCCAAACCUUUUGAAAAUGAAAAGACAUUCUUAUGUUCUCACUUUGUUCGCUUUGUUUUUGGCAUAAACAAAACAUGUUAUUAUGUUUGAGGCAUUUGAGGAAUGUGUAAGAUUGUAUCAACUCUAUGGUUCUUGGCUAGAAAUCCUGGGUUGUACAGGAUCCUCCUCUUCAUAAACUCACUACCCAAAUGGAUCUGUGUUUGCAUCAAUUUGGGCACGCCCUCAAGUGAUGCAAAUGGAAGACCAUCCUGGGUGAUUCUUGUCUACAUCUUCCUCUAAAUGUGCCAUACGGGAUCUACCUAAUGUGCUAGUGGCCUCCUCCCUUCUCCUUGGCAUGAAACGGGUGGGUACCAGUGGAGCACUCUGUUCUGGCCCAUCUACCUCAUACACAUCUCUGGUUUGUGUGGUCUAUGGUUCACUGGGCUGAGAAUCAGAAAGAUUCAUAUUCCUGAGUUCAAAUCCAACCUCAGAUGCUUACUAGCUGUGUGACCCUGGGCAAGUCAUUUCACCCUGUUUGCCUCAGUUUCUUCAUCUGUCACAUGAGCUGG